AUGCUUGGCACAAAUGCAGCGGGAGCAGGCGGCGGCGGAGGAGGCGGCGCGAUGGCGCGGGUCCCUCGCCCGAUACGACGUCGGACGUAUGUCCCCCGCGAGCACGGCGUAGCGCACGAACGUCUGUUCGCAGAUUAUUUUGCCGAGAAUCCAAGGUGGGGCCCAAAUGUUUUUCACCGACGUUUUAGAGUGAGCCGAGAUCUUUUUCUUCGCAUUGUGCACACGUUGGAGGGACGUGAUGAGUACUUCCAGUAUCGGGAAGACGGGAUCGGCAGACCCGGACUUACGUCGUUGCAUAAGUGCACGGUUGCGAUCUGCCAGUUGGCCUACGGCACAACAGCGGAUAUGUUCGACGAGUACCUUCACGUCGGGGAGACAACUGGCCGCGAAUGUCUCAAGACUUUUUGUAAGUUAAUUGUGGAGGUUUUUGGCGGCACAUAUUUGCGAUGCCCGACUGCUGAUGUUUGCCAGAGUCUGAUGCGGAUGCACGAGACGGUGCACGGCUUCCCUAGGAUGCUAGGGAGCAUCAACUGUAUGCACUGGCAGUGGAAAAACUGCCUGACGGGGUGGAGAGGCCAAUUUACCAGUGGUUACAAGGGUAGCCACCCUACGAUGAUUCUGGAAGCCGUCGCUGACCACCGCCUCUGGAUCUAG